UAAAUAAAGGUCGAUUUGGAUACUUAAAUAAUUUUCACCGCUCAGAUCGGUCGAACUGACCACUGUGCGUCGCCGCGAGUGUGCGUGACUUUUAUGGAAUUGUAUAUUCGUCGAAUAAAGAGUAUCCUGCAAAACGAAUAGAGCACGAUGUCUCCUUAAUUCUCUGACGAAUCCAUCAUUCGUUCCGCAUUUCAUUUGACAUAAUUUAUCUUUGUUUCUAUAAGAAAUCAAUUUUUAGGUUAUGAUCAACUGUCAUCACUUUUUCUUGGAAUAAUGCAAGUAAAAGCGAUAAAUUCUUAAAUGUGAAAUUGUUUACGUAUUUAAUAAAGUACCUUUCACGCGCGAAAAAAAGAAAUGAGUAUUUUUUUAUGGAAAAGAGAGUUUCGGUCAAUACUCGGUAGCGAGAGGAGGUUAAAAUAUUUUGUGAUAAUUCAAGAAUCUCAAUUUGUUAAGAAUCUUUCCUGACUGGAAAGCAGGAAGUACAGGGCAAACGUAAAAUGGUUCGAGAGAAAAGAAAAAGGUGAUAAAGAUUUUGUGUUUAAAUAGGAACAGUCGGUGAAGGAGCACGGGACUGUUCGAGGAAUACACUGCCAGAUUUCGGGAACAAGAGGAUGCUGAAGCACAAUAUCGUAAAGACGUCGUGGUGCAAAUUGCGCACGCGGUAUAUGCACAAAAAUGCCUCUCUCCUGGAAGCAUCCAAAACUAAGGAGUGUGCAAUCGCCAGGAUACGUAACAUCGGUAUACUGGCACAUAUUGACGCUGGAAAAACAACCACGACCGAGAGGAUGUUGUACUACUCGGGUCUCAUCAGAAAUAUGGGAGAGGUUCAUCAUGGCAACACAGUGACCGAUUACAUGGAGCAGGAGCGUCAGCGCGGGAUAACGAUCACCUCGGCCGCAGUCACGUUCAACUGGAAAGACUAUCGCUUCAACUUAAUAGACACCCCCGGUCAUAUUGACUUCACUAUGGAGGUCGAACAAACUUUGCAGAUAUUAGACGGCGCGAUUGUAGUCCUGGACGGUUCCGCCGGCGUGGAGGCCCAGACGUUGACGGUUUCCAGACAGGCGGACAGAUACGACAUCCCCCGGAUAUUCUACGUUAACAAAAUGGACAGGGCGGACGCUGACUUCGAUAUGAGUUUACGGUCUAUCGAAUCGAAAUUAAACGUCGAAACUUUACCUGUACAGGUUCCAGUGACGAAGGCAGGAGUCCUGGAAGGCAUUGUAGAUGUAAUAACGAUGGAAAAGUUGACGUUCGAUAAAAGACACCAGGGUAUGAAUUUAACGCGAGCGAAAAUAACCGAGGGCGACGACGGGAGACUGUGGGACGUCGCCAGCGAGAAGCGACGACUGCUGACCGACAAACUGUCGGGCUUGGACGACAAACUGGCGGACGUCGUUAUAGAGCAAGAGUCUCUGGAUGACGUGCAACCACAAAUGCUGGUCGAUUCCUUGCGUAGAGUCACCGUAGGCAGAAAAGGUGUACCCGUAAUGCUGGGAAGUUCUUACAAGAACAUCGGGGUGCAGCCUUUAAUGGACAGCGUCGUUCUCUAUCUGCCGUCGCCGGAUAGUACAGACCGGCUGAAUCCGUAUAGACAUUUCGGAAACAGUAUGGCGGCCAGAGUGUUCAAGAUAGUUCACGACAAGCAGAAGGGGCCAAUUACGUUUUUCAGGAUCUAUUCCGGCAGCAUGAAGAAGAGCCAGAAGUUGUACAACGUGACGCGCGAGCAGAGCGAGCAGUGCACUCGCCUGUACGUUGCUUGCGCGGACGACUAUGAGGAGGUGGCCGAAGUGAGUCACGGCAAUAUCGCGGCUGUGAGCGGAUUGAAGAACACCGUCACGGGCGACCUGGUGACGACGAGCGCGUCCGUAGCUGACCGCGCCAAACAGUCUAUGCUGAAGGACAGUCAGAGUCGGCUGGACUACGUGGACAACUUCUUCGCGUCCGGAGUGAGCCUGCUCGAUCCAGUUUUCUUCUGCUCCGUGGAACCACCCUCCCUUUUGGCGCAGUCCGCUCUGGAGACCGCUCUUCAGGAGCUGCAGAGGGAAGAUCCUAGCUUGCGCGUGAAGAACGAUCCUGAGACGGAACAGAUCGUUCUUGGCGGGAUGGGAGAACUGCACAUAGAUAUCAUCAAGCAAAGAAUCAGGACCGAGUACAAGAUCGACGUGGACCUGGGCCCGCUGCAAAUCGCUUACAGGGAAACGAUUCAGGACGCCGUUAAAGAUACGCUGUCUGUGGAGCACAGAGUGGGCCAAACGACGCACAAAGUCACCAUCACUAUGUCCUUGAUACCCAAUUACGAGGGAAAGACGAAUCUGCUCCUGGACAAGACUCCGGAGAAUGCUUCGAAUAUCGCCGGUAUUCAUCCGCGGGUGAUGAGCGCAAUUAAAACCGGCGUGAGCACCGCGUUGUUGCAUGGUGUGAAAUUAAGUUGUCCGGUGAUUAAUGUCGGCGUCAAGCUUCACUGGCUGGAGGUGGCACGCGCUACUUCGGACACUAUUAUUUCCGCUGCUACCUCGCAGUGCAUUCGAAAGUUACUCCAGGAUGGAAAUAGUAUGUUACUAGAACCCAUGAUGCAACUGGAAAUCGUUGCGCCCGAAGAAUAUUCACCUAGUAUCAAUGCCGAUCUUACUCGUAGACGAGUGACAAAGCAAGAGAUUCAUAUGCGUGGCAAUAAUAAGGUGAUCAGAACUGUCGCGCCCUUGUCAGAAUUAUUAGGAUAUUCAACGACACUGAGAAUCAUCACGUCAGGCAACGCGACGUUCUCUUUGGAAUUCAGUCACUAUCAAGUAAUGACCCCCGUCGACGAGGAGGAAGCUAUCGAAAAAAUUAAAGGAUUCUAAAAUGUAUAAUAUUGCCUAAAGUAUAAUUUUACUUUGUUUUAUUGACUCAAUCUAAUCAAAAUAUAUUGCAACAUUAUCA